AUGGCGGACGACGCCGGUGGUAGAGGAGGUUUCCGUGGAGGUUUCGGCCCUGGUGGCCGCGGUCGGGGCCGUGGACGAGGCAGAGGCCGUGGCAGAGGCCGCGGUGCUCGGGGUGGCAAGGCCGAAGACAAGGAGUGGGUGCCUGUUACCAAGCUGGGCCGCCUGGUUAAGGAUAUGAAGAUUAAGUCCUUGGAGGAGAUUUACCUUUACUCGCUGCCCAUUAAGGAGUCUGAAAUCAUUGACUUCUUCUUGGGUUCCGGUCUGAAAGAUGAGGUUUUGAAGAUCAUGCCCGUCCAGAAGCAGACCAGAGCCGGUCAGCGCACCAGGUUCAAGGCCUUCGUCGCCAUUGGCGACUACAACGGCCAUGUGGGUCUGGGAGUGAAGUGCUCCAAGGAGGUGGCUACCGCCAUCCGAGGCGCCAUCAUCCUGGCCAAGCUGUCUAUCGUGCCCGUCAGACGAGGGUACUGGGGGAACAAGAUCGGCAAGCCCCACACAGUGCCCUGCAAAGUGACGGGCCGCUGCGGCUCCGUCCUGGUGCGACUCAUUCCAGCGCCUCGCGGUACCGGUAUAGUGUCCGCUCCCGUGCCCAAGAAACUGCUGAUGAUGGCCGGAAUCGACGACUGCUACACCUCCGCUAGGGGCUGCACCGCCACCCUCGGCAACUUUGCCAAGGCUACAUUCGACGCCAUCUCCAAGACUUACAGCUACCUUACACCAGAUCUCUGGAAGGAGACUGUCUUCACCAAGUCUCCUUACCAGGAGUUCACCGACCAUCUGGCCAAGACUCACACCAGAGUGUCAGUGCCGAGAGGCCAAGCUGUCCAGGCGGCAACUUCCUAA